AAUUAAUGCACGAAUUGCUUGAUGUUGAAUUAUGGAGAUUAUUUAAACUGUUUAGAUAUAAUAUAAAUAUUUAAAAAGAGUACGAUAAAUUGUUAGUAUUAGAUUUGUUUUUCAUUGUCUAAAGCUUUAUAUAGAAACUAGUUUCAAAAUUAGCAUUAAUAUACAAUAUUACCACAAUAAGUUUCAUACAUACAUACGUUUACUAUAUAUGUCACAAAUAGCACAGUUAAACACAAACUAAGUCGUAGAAAGUUGUGACAUUUUUAAACACGUAAGCAUGAUUUGUAAUGACACAAUUUCAAGUCCUACAACAUACCUUUUACUAACAAACUAAUCCUGAUAUAGACCGAAAUCAUAAGAACAAACAUUUCCAGAUCAUGAUUCCUAAAAAAGGGAACAAAUUAAGGUUGUAAAACUUUCGAGCACCACUGUGAUUUGCUAUGGUUAGUACAACAAAAUUGUUCUCCCUUAUUCACAAAAUCGCUUAUUUCUUUCCCAUGCACCUUCACGAAACUCACUCACCAUCUUCUUUCUAUCCAAAGCAUUGAAGCCAUAGAACGCUUCUGAUAAACUCAACCACAAACACUUUCAUUUCAAUUUUCCCAUUGAUCUUGUUGAUGCGAUUUGAUUGUCCUUGCUAACAGUGCUAUCAUGUCCAACAUUUUAGCAUGUUUCCAACUCCUAGAACUCAAUGUCAUAUCUGCACAAGACUUGGCUCCUGCAGGUCGUUCAAUGAGGACCUAUGCAGUGGCAUGGAUUGACCCAGAUCGCAAACUUUCCACUCGAGUUGAUUCUCACGGCGGAACCAACCCAACUUGGAAUGACAAGUUUGUCUUUCGAAUUGAUGAAGACUUUCUGUAUGAUGAAAAGUCUGUGAUAACUAUUGACAUUUACGCUCUUCAUUGGUUUCGAGACAUUCAUGUGGGCACUGCUCAUGUUCUCUCCAGUGACAUUUUUCCACCACCUUCACAACCUCAACCCCAGAGAAACACUUACACACCCACAGGAAUGAGAUUCAUGGGGCUUCAAGUUCAAAGACCUUCAGGUCGCCCCAAAGGAAUUUUGAACAUUGGUGCUGCUAGAAUUGACAGUUCCAUGCGCAGCAUGCCUCUUUACAUGCAAAACUCCCCAAUAGUUGGAUACAGUCAAGAUGAUCAUGAUCAACCAAAACGUCAAGCCAAGCCAGAGCUUCGACGCUCAAAAAGUGAUUCCAGCUCAAUGCUUGGCUCAGAAGUGGUAGUUCCCGACCCUCAAGCCAAGACCAAAAGGGAGAGGGCAAGUUCUCAAGUUCUCGCUUCAGAAAUAAGCUCCAAGAAGAGUAAAAAGAAAGCUAGCUCCAUAUUAAGUGCCACAUUCAUGAAGGGAACCCCAAAAGAUGGCAAAUUGGGUAGAAAGAAGACUAAAGCGAGAGGCCAUGAUUCACCAAACAACUUCAAUGCAAGGGUAAAUGUUGAUUACCCAGUAAAGUCCACGCCCAAGCGCCAGUUUCAAAACUCUACCUUUCCAGCCAAGUCUUAUAAUAACAACAACAAUUACGUAGGUAGUGUGAGAGCCACUCCAUUGCAUGCCUUUGCGAUUGCAGACACGACAAUGGAAUAUGGAACCCCGUACCGCUCCAACUUGGGUUGUCGUCCUUUUAUGACGGACUCCGAAUUAGGUCCGUCAGCUUCGGAGGUGGCGGAGGUGGUGGCGAGACUACCAAUGGAGGAGGGGGAGAAUUCUACGGAGGGAGGGUGGAGCUUCGAUGACGGCGCGGAGGGCCCGCAACCUAAGGGGGAGAGGUGGCAGACGGAGUCCAAUGUCACGGGGGCAAGCAGAAAAGGGAAACAUUCACGAAGGCAUGCAGAUGGGUCAAAUGGGUUGUUCUCUUGCUUCAGUGUAAUAUGUGGAGUUGAGUGCUCCAUUGUUUGCGGUGGUGGCGGCGGCGGCAAGAAGCAUCGCCGGCGGCGGGUUCAAGCAGUGGACAAUGAAAGCUUUCUAUCAGAAGAGGAGGCGUAUUGAGGGGUGCAUGCUUGCAUGACUGGUCGAACAUGGAGAUAAGAAAAUUAUGUGAGAAUUCAGUAAACUCAAUCUUCGUAAUUCAUUGUACUUUUUAUGUUUAUUUUAACCUGAUUCUUUUGUACUCCAUUGUGUUUCUAAUGAAUUUCACGUUGCAAA